AUGGAGUACGAGCACCAGUACAGCAGCAACAACAGCUUUGGCAAGGAGAAGAGGCCUCCGGCAAAGAGGGGGCAGGUCAAGCUCCAGAUAGCGAGGGCGGUGAGCAAUCUCGUGUCUCCCAGUGGCGCUGCUGACCGCUCAAAGCAGGCAAAUCGCAACAGCUUCAGAAGGGAAACAAGCUACAACUAA